AUGGGCCGGGUGGGGGGAACGUUGCUGAGUGGAUUGGAAGAUGUGAAAUCUGGAUGUUUUGUCUCCUAGAUCGUCUUUUACGAGGACAAGAACUUCCAGGGCCGCCACUAUGAGUGCGACAGCGACUGCUCGGACUUCCACGCCUACCUGAGUCGCUGCAACUCCAUCCGGGUGGAGAGCGGCGCCUGGGUGGUGUACGAGCGGCCCAACUACAUGGGCUACCAGUACGUCCUUACCAGGGGGGAGUACCCAGAGUACCAGCGCUGGAUGGGCCUCAACGACCGUCUCAGCUCCUGCAAGAUGGUCCACUUUACCAGCGGGACCCUGUACAAGAUGCAGCUGUAUGAGAAGGCAGAUUUCGGGGGCCAGGCCUUCGAGGCCACAGAGGACUGCCCCUCUCUCCUGGAGAAGUUCCGCUGGAGGGAGGUCAACUCCUGCAAGGUCUACGACGGCUGGUGGGUUUUCUACGAGCACCCCAACUACCGCGGACGCCAGUACUUUCUGGAGAAGGGGGAAUACCGCAAGCCUGGCGACUGGGGUGCCGUCAGUCCUGCGGUGCAGUCCUUCAGACGCUUCACCGAAUGAUUUCACCUCCAUCUCCAUCCAAAACACGAAAAGGAAGCGACCUAAUAUGCUGAUCUUUGACGAUGAUUUUAAUGUACUGCGUUAUUUUGUGAUUUUGAACUGAGGUCUCACAAAUAAAACCCUGUCCAGUAAGCAGACUGAGGACUUCUCUUUGGACUUUUAUACAUACAUGAGUUGCUUAAAGUCUUUUGAACCUUUUUGUGCUGCGCACGCUGAGACAUCCACACGUCAGGGCGCAAUUGUCAAGUGUCUGAAGAAUUCAACUCCAUUCAAACUGUCCCCCCAAAAAAAUCAAGAUUAUCCAUUUCAGUUCCUGUCCAGAUGUCACAUAGUUAGAGUUUGGAAGUCAUUUUUUAGGCCAGUGGUUCUCAACCAGGGGUCUGGGGACCACCAGGGGUCCAUGAGGGAUGUCCAAGAGGUCCUUCAUAAGAUAGGGGAUCAUUCAUUUUGCUAUUUAAUUCUCUGUAGAGGGGAUUCCACUGUGACUACAAGUCAAAUGCAGGGUUUCAGCAGCUUACGGCGAGUAAUAUUUAAAGCUUUUUAAGACUUUUUAAUGCCACUCGCACAAACGUUUAGAAGCUGACCCAAAGAGGAAAAUUCCAUCAUUAUCUACUCCCCCUCAUGCCAAUGAAAAGUCAGGUGAAGUUUUAUAGUCCACAAAACACUGAUGGAGUUUAACUGGGAAAAGGCGUUGCACUCAUCACCUAAAUGGUGACCAGGAUUCAGACGUCAAAAGAAUACAUAAUAAAACCACAAAAUGUAUCCAUAAAGCUUGUCUGAAGUAAUGUAAGUGUCCUCAAGCCCCAACGUGACAUGUUGUUUUGAAAAAUGUCACUGGCGUCAACCCUUUUACGAGCAGAACAUAUGGAAAACAAUAAACAUAUUACAUUAUCAUUAAUGUUCUAUUUGGUUUACCGACAGAAGUAGGAAAUAUCUGGCAUUUCUGUGUAUUUUUCACUCUGCAUGUGAGAUUCCUCUGGACUCUCAUCAUGAAGAGCUUAAGAAAAGGAAUGUAUUCAAUUAUUUAAAUAAAUAACAGAUGUUAACAAUCAUUUAGAAAUUUUAUAAGGCAACAUUAGAAAAAAAAGAUUCCUAAAAUCUCAAUUCCCAUGUUGGAGCAUUUUUU